AUGACAAGUAGGCAGGAUACUUCUGAUAACCCAUUCGCCGAUCCUGCGGCAGUUUUGGAAACGGGGAGGACUCCCAACCAUCAACCUGACCCUGCCACUAUUGAGACAUCCGCGCUUUCUGAGUAUAACCCUUUUGGAACUGACUAUCACUCCCUCGAUGGUCAGAUAUCAUCGCAUCCUGGACUUCCUCCUCCGUAUUCGGCUUUUGAGGCGCAGAGGGCCACUGAAGAACUAGAACGCCGUCAGAAAAUGUUGGAUGCGAAAGCCGCUGAGCUAGCCCAACGUGAAGAACAGUAUCGCUUGGCUGCACAGUCUCGUUUAGCAGAAUCAGGUGAGUUGGUAUUUUUACUCCUUACUCACAUCAUACCUUGCUGGGACAUUGCUCUUCUUGUUGCCGCUUGA